AUGAUUCAAGCUUGUAAAGGUACAAACUUGCAACCUCUUGCUUUUAGUUCAAUCAUAGAGUGUUAUGCUCAAAAGGGUUUCUAUUUUGAUGGCUUAAAAGUUUAUAGAGAAAUUAUAUCAUAUGGUUAUUUGCCUAAAACUAGUUGUAUGAAUGUUGUGCUUGAUGUUUUAGACCAUGCUAGUGAGUAUAAAUUAGCUUAUUGUUUGUAUGGUUCAAUGAUUCGAAAUGGGAUUGUGUCAAAUGUGAGUACUUGGACUGUUAUUGCUAGGAUUCUUUGUAACAAUGGGAAAUUUGAGAGUGUUGUUAGGCUAUUGGAUUCAGGUGUUUGUAAUUCGGCUGUUUUCGAUUUAGUGAUUGAUGGUUAUAGCAGAAUUGGUAACUUUGGAGCUGCAAUUGAUCAAGUAGAUGAGAUGUGUAAAAGGAAUCUUGAGCCGGGUUUUUGCACCUAUAGCUCUAUUCUUGAUGGAGCUUGUAAAUUUAGGGAUACAAAUGUUAUAGACACGGUUUUGUGCGCUAUGAGAGAGAGGGCGUUGCUUCCUGAGUAUCUGUCGUCGAAGUAUGAUGAUGUUAUAAGGAAAUUUUGUGAAGUGGGAAACUUAUAUGCUGCUGAAUUUUUGUUCUAUAAAGCACGGGAUGAGGGAGUUGGACUGGAAAAUGCAACAUUUGAGUGUAUGCUUAGAGCAUUUUGCAAAGGAGGGAGAGUAGAUGAAUUACUAGGGUUGUAUCAGAUAAUUUCAAAGGAGAAAGUUGUGAUGCAUAAGAGUUGUUAUGAAGAAUUGGUUGAAAGUCUUUGCCGGGGAACUCCAUCAGACAAGUUGAACCAAUUGCUGAUACGUUUAAUCGUGAAAGGGUUUAGCCCUUCUGUAUCAGGAACUUCCAAGUUUAUGAUGAAGCUGGGCGGGGAAGACAAUUGGAAAGAUGCAGAAGCCCUACUGAAUGUAAUGUUACAAGCAGAUAUAUUACCUGAUUCUGUUUGUUGUCACUUAUUGGUAAAGCAAUAUUGUUCCUCAGGUCAGAUUGAUUCGGCACUGUUGUUGCAUAAUAAGCUGGAAAAAUCUGAGAUAUUAUGGGAUGUCACAACUUAUAAUAUACUUCUUCGUAAACUGCUUACAGAAGAGAGGGUUGACGAAGCCCUCAAAAUAUUUGAAUGCAUGAGAAGUAAUAAUGUGGUGAACAAAGCAAGCUUUUUAGUUAUGAUUAGUGGAUUGUCACAAGUAAAGGAAAUGAGAAAGGCCAUGCAAGUUCAUGAUGAAAUGUUGAAAAUGGGGCUCAAGCCAAGCUCAAAAACAUACAAAAGCUUGAUAUCUGUUUUUAGAUAA